CUGCUCUGCUUGCAAUAAACCCCAUUUCCUGCCUCCCUUUUCCCGAUUUUCUCAACAAUUGCCCAUUUUACAAAACAGCAUUUAUAUUUAUUACAGAACUUCUCUCUCUCUCUCUCUCUCCUCCUCCUCCUCCAUCUGUUCUUCGAGAAAAGGGAAAACAACAAUGGGGGUGGCAAUGCACGUUAAAUCCGACUCGGAGGUGACCAGCAUUGAAGCGUCGACGCCGCCGCGCUCGCCUCGGCGGCCGUUGUACUACGUGCAGAGCCCGUCGCACUCGCAGCAGGAUCUUGAAAAAAUGUCGUACGGGUCGAGUCCAUUCGGGUCCCCGACCCACCAUUUCCAGUACCACUGCUCACCCAUUCACCACUCACGUGAAUCCUCCACCUCGCGAUUCUCCGCCUCCUUGAAGAACCCCAGAAACUCCGGCGGAAUCGGCGGCGGGUGGCGGCGGAUGCAGAGGAAAUACGACGAGGUCGGCGACGAAGUGGAGGAAAAUGAGGAGGGCGAUGAUGUGGAAGAUGAGAGGGACAACGGUGGACAAGUGAAGUUUUAUGUGGUGUGCUUCUUAUUCUCCUUUGUGCUGCUUUUUACUGUGUUCUCUCUGAUUCUUUGGGCAUCAAGUUUGGCUUACAAACCCAAGAUUAUCGUGAAGAGCAUUUCUUUUGAGACUUUCAAUGUACAAGCUGGGAUGGAUGCCACUGGUGUCCCAACGGAUAUGUUAACCUUGAAUUCUACGGUCUUCAUCUUCUACCGAAACCCUGCCACCUUCUUUGGCGUCCACGUCACCUCCACCCCUCUCCACCUCCACUUUUUUGACCUUCAAGUUGCUUCCGGUCAUAUGAACAAGUUCUAUCAGUCUAGAAAGAGUGAGAGGAAAGUGAUAGCGGUGAUUCAAGGGCAUCAAGUCCCGCUCUACGGCGGAAUCCCUAUGCUCUCCGGUGGUGUUGCUAAAGCUCAUCUCCAGACAAUGGCCGUGCCGUUAAAUCUCACUUUCGUAAUUAGGUCAAGAGCCUACAUUCUGGGGAGACUCGUUAAACCUAAAUUCUACCAAUCUGUGUUAUGUCAACUUACUUUGACCGGUAAUCAUUUGGGCAACCCUCUUAAUCUCACCAAAACUCACUCUUGUGCUUAUCAUUAGUCAUAACUCAUUUGCAAAAUUGUAAUGUACACUACCUUUUGGAGAAAUUAGUGAAAAUAUAUUUUGACUGGUUAAGUCUUGGAUAGUCGA